AUGCUUACUCCCGUGACAUCUCUUAGGUCACAUUUUGAGAGUCUUGGACUUGAAUUUUGACAAUAUUGACAGUACCUCGUGCUAGAACGGUGUCAAAAUUUUCGGUAAGAUGAAGGAAUCAAGUUAGAUGAAAUGGUAUAUUCUAAAGUCGAUCUUCUUUUGGCUACUAGUUUCCUGCAUUCGGCAUGCACAGGCGUUCUGCUUCCGAAUUUGCCUCGUCACACUAUAACGAAAGGAGGGAACCAACUCAUUGUUGGUUUUAUGCAAUCCACGGUCUACGUCUGCCAAAAUCUCUCCAAUGAUGUUCUGACACUAGUACCCGGAGGAAAAUUACAAGCGCUGACGAUUUCCAUAUACUGUUCAUUCCUCUGCGCUCUUAUUCUCGUUUUUGACAACACGUUAAAAGUGUGUGUUGUCGUCAGGUGUCUCUACGCACUCACUGCAAACGUUGUAAAUCUUUCCAAAGACCUCAUCCAACGUACCCAACCCCAAAACCAACACAUCAAAAUUUUCAACUUGAUCGAUAUGUCAAAAACGUUUGGGACUGCAGUAGGCUGCAUCACUGGAGGAUACGUGUACGAAUGUAAUAAAAAAAUCUCUUGGAACGCUACGGUUGCAAGCUGUUGCCUCCUCAUGUGUAUCAUUUUGUCGACCAAAGUAGACAGCGAUGACUCGCAGAUGCCUAAACCAGAUACACACUUCCACCAAAUCCCCUACAUCUGCUUCCAAAAACUCAAGAAACUCAGAACUACGGAUUUCCACAGACACUCCUUCAGCAUCACACUUAAAACCCUCUACACUUUAACGUUCGCGCUCUUCUUGAUCCGUUGCGUCUACAUCUUGCUUAAUACGUACGGAAUAUCUGCGACGUUUUUAGGCUACGUUCAGGCCUACGACAACUUAAUAGUUUUCAUCUGUAGCUGCUUAGUCCCGUUUGUUCGAAGACAAGUCUCCAACGACAAAAUUCUCUUCAAGUAUAACGUGGUCAUCGGAGGCUGCUUGCUGAUUGGCUUGUUUUACGCCCCCACGUAUAAGUGCUACUUAAUCCUCCACAUGAUGCUAAUGUUUAGUUACGCUCUUGUAAACUCUUUGUUUGUUAGUGAUUUUCUAAAGUUGAAAACCGACCCAGAUGUAUGCGAAGCCGACAAGACUUUGACGGUUCUGGCUAAUAUUUUUGCGCCCAUUUUCGCUGGGUUUGUAGUGUAUUUAUAUGGGUCGAGUAUUCUGAAGUUGGUGAUUAUGAUACCAGUGAGUGCGUACUUGUAUAUAGUUACGCAGAGGGAUUUGAUGAUGAGGGAAGAAGAUACAUAA